CACGAACGUUUUCUGCACGAAACUGCACAUUGUUGUGUUGCAUCCAUAUACUGUCCCCGGGUUGAUGCAGCGAGUCUUCAAUAUCUAAAGAUCCCUUGCCAUAACGCGCCUUCUCGAACCGUCACUCUCCUCAUCCCGACCAGAUGCUCGCGUCUGAUACGAGACCAAGACAGCCCGGUAGUUAAGGAGACAAUGGACGAGGAGGAGUUAAUGGAUGCCGGCUUCCAAGAGCACCGCCGAUGCCGGCCGUCUGGGAGUGUGAAUGGCGAGAGACCGCACAGCAGAGAGACGUCAGGUUAUCCCCGCGACAUCGACAGAAAUGCCUUGCUGGGACAGUUAUCGUUCGCCCCUGCCACGCAGACUACCGUCGUCACUACGACCACAACGACGACGACGAAAUUUCCGCCCUUCCUGAUGCGUCCUCCACGCCAGAUGCAAGAGCUGGACCUGAAGCAGUACCCUCUUGCUGGCAGCCCAACACCUGUCAGCCUCAGAAAGAUACAUUUCGAGAUUGGAGGAAGACAGACAAUCUUCAGCGAAGCGGAGGACACCUCACUGGCCUUGGAACAGUUGGAGGAAGAACGGCGGACCCUGAGGAGUGCAAACGGGACAGUUCGGACAGUCAAGACAUUGCAGCCGUGGUCAGAGACUCCAGAUGACGAACUAGACCUGGCAUCUUUACAUCGACGCAGUCAGAACAGACCAGCCUCGCCAGAAUCCAUAACUGAGGAUGAAGACCGUGCUGACCUGCAACGGGCGACCUUUGCUGCCAGCAGACGUGGUCCGCCUGGCCGAUCAGCCGGGGGACGAGAACGGUCUCUUAUACCAUCUGUUAUCCGGGCUCAGGAAGCGCAGGGCUCAAACCCAAUAACACCAGAAAGUGUGCCGAAGCCUUUGGGCAGGCUACAUCGACGAAGUCCUCAGAAUGCCGGCAAUGACACCAGAAACACGACAACACUUCUUCCCUCGCCAAAUAUGGAUCAGCAGUCCACUUUUCCCAUCCCUCAGGCUAUCACACCCAAACCUAGUCAACAGACUCUGACGGAUCUGGAAGAAGAUUCCGCCCUCACUGUUGACCAUUCAGUGCUUGGGCGGAACGUAUGUCGAGGCACCUCUCAAGACACUGCUGUUCCUACCCCUCCGAUCGAUGAACGACCUCCGCCUUCUUUGGCAAGACCUACGAGUCGACGAGCGCUAUCUUCCAUACCUGCUCGAUUGCACGUUGCUGAGAGCCCUUCCGGAUUGGAUGGCUCACUACCUAGUCCAUCGUUGUCGCCUGUAACGGCAGCGGCUACGAUGCAACAGUCUGGCUAUUUCGCAGAUAUUGAGUCCAACGCUGAAAUCGCUUCCCAGCACGAUAUGGCGUCCGCCAUGGCCGCUCUGGAAAGGCCGGUGUCCAACGGCGCCAGUCGCUCACAGGUGAUGGAUUGGCAAUCACAGAAUGUGACACGCCAGCUUGGUCGGUUCGCCAGUGGCUCUAUCACUGAGAUACCGGCAAUGCUCGACUAUUUCGAAGCCAUUCCUGACGAGUUGAAGAGCUAUGUGAUGCACCAAUUGCUCCGUCGAUGUCCCAAACCGACUCUACAGGUGGUAGCAGAUGCCGUCAAUCCAGCCCUGAAAUGCGACUUUCUCACGAUACUUCCACCUGAAUUGAGCCUCAACAUCUUGAAAUACCUUGAUCUCAAGAGUUUGUGCAGGGCAGCACAGGUAUCCAAGAAAUGGCGGCAGAUGAUUAAUAGCGACGAGAAGGCAUGGAAAGAACUCUUUGAUGCCGACGGCUUUACACUUCCCGACGGCGAACUGCAGCGGGCCAUCACCGAAGGGUGGGGAUGGCAAGACCCUCAUGGCCCUGGUGGCUACGAGCAGAAUCUCAGUUACAUGCAAAACUCCAAAUCUGAAACCGAGGCUAACGCACAGGCAUCGUCCCCCUCAACACCACCUUAUCAAAAUAGGUUUAGCGGCAUCCUACGUCGAUCAAAGCGCAAGGCGGCCACCAUGUUGUCGAAUCGAAACAAGCAGGUCAAACACAAGGAUUCUUCUUUACGUGAAGAUUCGAUUGACGUCACUUUCGACUGGAUGAGCCACAUGUCAACGGCCGAAGGCCCUUAUAAUGCUGCCAAUGCCGCAGUUUUGGCGGUGCCCCAUCCUGAUGUCGGUUUGCCUAGUCUGAAAGGCAUUCACCUGUACAAGUCUUUGUAUCGGAGACAUCACCUCAUCCGAAGAAACUGGAUGUUUGAAGACACAAAGCCGCAGCACCUUGCCUUCCGUGCUCAUGAUACGCACGUGGUGACCUGCCUGCAGUUUGAUACUGACAAAAUCUCGACUGGAAGUGAUGAUAACAACAUCAAUGUUUACCAGACCAGGACUGGCGUCUUGCGGGCGAUCUUGACCGGUCAUGAAGGCGGGGUUUGGGCUCUGCAAUAUGAGGGCAAUACGCUCGUUUCAGGGUCGACCGACCGAUCUGUACGUGUGUGGAAUAUCGAAGAGGCGCGCGAGACUCAAGUAUUCCGCGGACACACUUCGACCGUACGGUGCUUGCAAAUCGUCAUGCCGGUCAAGGUUGGCGAGACUGGUGAAGGAAAGCCGAUCAUGAUGCCCAAACAGCCACUCAUCAUUACCGGCUCACGUGAUUCGACGCUCCGCGUGUGGAAACUUCCAAAGCCAGAAGAUCCUGUCUUCAUACAAUCCGAAAAUGAGACAGAUGUGGAUGACUGUCCCUACUUUGUGCGAACACUGACUGGGCAUCAGCACUCUGUGAGAGCGAUAGCUGCGCAUGCCGACACCUUGGUGAGCGGUAGUUACGAUUGCACCGUGCGUGUCUGGAAGAUUUCCACUGGCGAAACGAUCCACCGACUUCAGGGCCAUACACAGAAAGUUUACAGUGUGGUGUUGGAUCAUGCCCGCAAUCGUUGCAUAAGCGGUUCCAUGGAUAACAUGGUACGCAUUUGGGAUCUCCACACAGGUUCUCUGAAAUACACCUUGGAAGGACAUACUUCCCUCGUGGGUCUGUUGGAUCUGCAUUGCGAUAAGCUUGUCUCUGCUGCAGCUGAUUCGACCUUGAGGAUUUGGGAUCCGGAAAAUGGACAGUGCAAGGCAACAUUGAGCGCGCAUACUGGUGCCAUCACCUGUUUUAAACACGAUGGUCAGAAAGUCAUCUCCGGCUCGGACCGCACCCUGAAGUUGUGGAAUAUCAAGACUGGCGAAUGUAUCAAAGACCUGCUGUCGGAUCUUAGUGGAGUGUGGCAAGUCAAGUUCGAUGAACGACGCUGUGUGGCUGCUGUACAACGGGAUGGGCUGACAUAUAUUGAGGUGCUCGAUUAUGGAGCUGCUCGCGAUGGUGUGCCCGAACACAACCUUGGACGUCGCAUCGUUGUCGACGCGGACGGCUUCGAAGCCAAUAAUGACGAUGGCAGUUAUUUGGAUGUGGAAGGCGGCGCAGAUGCAUAGAUGCAUUUCGUUCUCUCUGGAUUAUCACAAGGAAGCACUCAGCCAUAUACCCGAUAAUUGGCAGGGGAGAUUAUGAGCGCGUCUCUUUUGGCAAGCGAGUCAAGACAGAGACGUUUCUUACGACUGUUUAUGA